AUGAAUAAACUAUUUGAAGAUUUUGCCAAAGCGCACACCAUUCGCAACGGGUAUCUACUGGCACAGACAAUUUCACCUGUGGCUCCUGCAAAUGAGCCUCAUCGACUACGGCGGAUAUGGCAGAGCACCAAUGCCCAGGGCGCGAAAGGAGACAUCAAGCACUUAAUAAAGUCAAAAAAGUUGAACGGGACUUCACUGAAUCGUGAUGAGGUUAACGGAUGGGCGGAUGUCUAUGUGGCAUAUUGGAAUGCUAUUGGUGAAAUCUUGGCGGGAGAGAGCGGCAAGUGCUCUUGGACCAAAGUAUAUGAAGCGUGGAAAGACUUAACCUCGAUGUUGAUUCGUGGUUACAACAAUUCAGGCUUCGAGGCUUGGACGAUCCCCAGCUUGUACAUGGUUGGAAAGUACUUGAGACUAUUUGCCAUAAAGUCCGACCAUGAACGGAGUAGAAACUCAACCGACUCCACUAAUACUGCAUCAUUAAUGCAGGAUGAUUUCGACCCUGAACUCGAAAAGCAAGGUCAGCUCAGGGACUGCGAGCAACACCUGAAACGCAUGUUCACAUUAUGUCUGAAUGACAGAGCACCAAUAGAAGAGUCACGAAAAUGGGGAAUCUAUUUUGUUAUCAACCUGUUAUUCAAGACGUACUUUAACCUCAACUCUGCUUCUCUAUCAAGGACUAUACUCAAGACACUGUCAGUAUAUAACGAAAAGGGAGAUAUGCCCCCUUUGGAUGCCUUUCCAGCCGCUCAGAGGGUGACUUUUAAAUACUACGAGGGUGUUUUAUUCUUUCUUGAGGAGAACUAUGUUCAGGCUGAGAAACAUCUUAUGGAAGCAUGGCGGCUUUGCCACAAAGACGCACAGAAUAAUGCAGAGAGAAUCUUGAUGUAUCUAAUCCCAUGUCGGCUGCUGACCAGCCACGUUCUUCCGACAAAAGCCCUCCUGGAACGCUUUCCCCGCCUACAGAAGCUAUUCCUCCCACUGGCGGAAUGUAUCAAACGAGGCGACCUGAAAUCCUUUGACCUAGCUCUACAGGAAGGGGAGGAUGUGUUUGUUAAAAAACGUAUUUAUCUGACGCUGGAACGCGGACGGGACAUUGCUCUCCGCAACCUGCUGCGCAAAGUCUUUCUAGCUGGGGGCUUCGACGAGCCCAAGGAAGACGAGACGGAAACAUCACCAGUCCGCAGAACGCGAAUUCCAGUUGCAGAGUUUCGUGCUGCAAUUUGCAUGCUUGGGGGAGGCGAGAUUAUUGACAACGAUGAGGUGGAGUGCCUGCUCGCCAACAUGAUAUACAAGGACCUUAUGAAGGGAUAUAUUGCACGAGAACGGGGUAUUGUGGUGCUGUCGAAGAAAGGGGCCUUUCCGGGGACAGGAGUUUAA